AUGUUGCAAUGCGAGGAGGGUUAUAGUCACCUGUAUAGCGAGUUUUACAAACCUCACAGCCCUGCACCCCCCACAUCACCCCCUACUACAACCCCCACUUUGGCCGUUGAACCUUACUUGUCACUUCUACAUAAAGCACAGGCUUCCCCACUUAACAUGUCUCACAACACCCCGUCCAACAGGUCUACAAUGGUGUCUGAAACGAAACACAUGAUCCCUGUGGGAUCCCAAGGUGCGGAGCUCGCUGGAAUUCUCAACGAACCGCCCUCGGCCGUCGACAACCCCAAUUUCAAGACCAUUUUUCCCCCCAAGGUGGUUCUGAUUCUCCAUGGCCAAGGAGGACACAAGGACUACUGCUACCAACGCAUGUUGGGACAGGAGCUUCCCGGAGAGAAUGGCAUGUGGACCUUCCGACUCGAUUUCCGAGGUUGUGGCGAGUCUACGGAGGAUGAUCACCACAAACUGAAGGACGUGAACUGGCCCGAGUACAAGGUGACUAAGCCGAUCCGAACCAUCAAACGGGACGCUGAGGAUAUCGAGGCGGCCGUGACGUGGCUCCAAAAACGUGGUCUCACCGUUUGUGCUUUGGUGGCACACUCCAGAGGCUGUUUGGCAGCAAUGGAGUGGUUCCACAACGGCAUCAACGCCAAUAAGUUUAUUGGUAGUGGCGGAAACACGGUGCUGCCGGCCUUUGUCAAUUGCUCGGGACGAUACAAGACCCACGAAAUUUGGGACAAGCUCAGAGAGGGCUAUGGAUACACGUGGAAGGAACACAAGCAGUACCGGUCUGUGGAGAACUUUGAGGGCAAGUACACUAAAAUGCUAGUGAGCAUUGAGGAGCCUACGUCGAUUGCAAACACAGACAUUCCAGGUCACUGCAAGGCGUUUAAGAACGCAGGAGGACACACACUGACCGUGUUUGGGUCGCGCGAUCAGGUGGUCAAUGUGGAGGAUGCUGGACACUUUGCGAACGCCCUUCAGCCCCGACACCAUCUUUCCAUCAUUCGAGAUGCUGACCAUAACUUUUACGGUGACGAGUUGCCUGCCGAGAAAGGCGCCGAGCCUGGAAAGCGACCCAAGAAGGUCAAUUACAAUCCUCGAGUAACCAAGAUCAUCAUCGACUGGCUCAAAUCCGAGGCUUUCCACGCCAGAGCUCUCAAUGACAUGGCCACUAUCGGAACUGUGACUCGGUUUAAGGAUGUGGAUGGUAUCGACAACUUUAGAGAUUAUGGAGGGUUCCAGCUCGAUUCGAAAACAUCAAUCAUCCAGGGAGUUCUAUACCGAUGUGCUGACUUGCGAAGCGUGACCUCUGCUGGCGUGGCUACCAUCAACCAGCUUGGAAUCAAGGCUGUGUUUGAUUUCCGAUCGGAGAUUGAAGUCACUAGAAACGGUUUUGGCAAGGUAGAUGGCACCGAGCGUGUCCAUACCCCUGUCUUCAAGAGCAAGGAUCUGUCUCCUGAAGCUCUUGCUGAGCGGUACAGAAACUUUCUGGAUCCCAUUGAGGGCUUCAAGCGUGCCUACGACGAGAUUCUGACUGUCGGAGGCCCCUCUUACGAAAAGCCGUUGCGGUUUUUGCUUGAGAACCCCGGUACACCGAUGAUUGUGCAUUGCACCGCUGGCAAGGACCGAACUGGUGUCUUUUGUGCUCUGGUUCUGCGUCUACUUGGUCUGGAUCACGACACAAUUUCUCGGGAGUACGAGCUGACUACUUUUGGACUCAGAGAAGCUGUUCCUCGACUGAUUGAGGCUCUUUCUACCGAACGGGCCGAGUGGAGCGAUCCUGCCAUGGCGGAGAAAAUGGCUAACAUGCUGUCUUCUCGGUACGAUUGUAUGAUGCAGGCACUGGAUCUGCUUGAAAACAAGUUUGGAGGAGCGGAGAAGUGGAUCAUGGACAACUGUGGAUUCACAAAGGAGGAUAUCGAGACGCUGAAGAAGAAUCUCAUUUCUCCUGUGGAGCCUGGGUGGGAGUUGAGCUAUAAGAUGUAG